UUCAGUGUCAACAACAGCCAUGUUCUCCUCCCCCAGAGCACUCUUCACACCCAGGAAUCAAGAGCCUCCCCGCCAUCCAGACAUCCCCCCUCUCCUGGCAGCAGAACUCGCUCAGGAAUAUGCCUCCUUGGGCGCCGCUCGGAACUGCCCCAGAGGCAUGUAUUUGAGCCCCUCAGAAGAGACCAUCCUCAAAUGGCACGGCGUCUUCUUUGUCCACAAAGGUCCAUACUCUGGAGCAGUGCUGCGCUUCUCAAUUGUGUUCCCUCUCAACUAUCCUUCGGACCGUCCGAUAAUACGGUUCACCAAUGAUGUUUUCCAUCCUAUGGUUGAUCCCAAAAGCAGAAUAUGGUAUCCAUCGGGGCAUUUGCGGCAGUGGAAACCGCGGCUCGAUCAUGUUCCGCAGCUCUUGCAUAACCUGAAAGCUAGCUUCAAGACGAAAGCUCUGGAACAGGUCCAUGAGGACGACGCUGUCAACAAACACGUCUGGUCACUGUACCACCACUCCCAUCAAACGUUCCUUUCAAUGACCGCUCAACGUGCCGCAUACACUGCCUCUCAAACCACGUUGUACCCCGACGCUCACCCCCUCCCACCAUCGCCCACCAGCAAAACGUCCACCCCCACGCGUCAACGUCAGACUUCCAUGAACAGUUUGGCGUCUGAUGAUGGUCUUGGUCCCACAAGGAAGAUCAUCAAGUUCAAAGAGUUUGAUGAAGGUGAAAAGAAGGCGCUGUGGGCUAUGCUGAAAGGCAACUUUGGGGACGAGUUGUCGAGGUGAUUGGCCCCUAUUUGAGAGCUCUGUAAGAUAAUAUGUCGGCGUUUAGAGUGUACAUGUAUAGUAGUAAGUGUAUGCACGAAGGCGAGGGGACACAACUUCAUGCUGUCGACGUUGGGCGAGGAGCUUUUGCGAAUAACGGCAUGCCUGGUAAUGCGACACAACGAGUUAUAGAAAUCAAAUGGC